UGCAAUUUCAUAAACGAAGAAAAUGAAGUCUCUUUUUAUCGCUUCUCUACUGUUCUUCACUCGGAAAUCUCUGCUCUCUCUCAGCUAAUUCCUCCCCUUGAAUCGCAUCCAUAUUUCCCAGUAAUUCUCUCUCAUUUUGCUCUCCUAACCUUACCCACAUAUGUAAAUCCAGCUUUCGAGUUUUUGGCGAAAUCUAGGGUUUCUUUCUUCUUCAAAUCCGAUACUCCCUGUUACGUUUAUCUCAAUUUAAUAGCCUAUAAACUCGCAAUUUCGAUUCAAAGCUCAGAAUUUUGUGUUACAAUUACCGGUGUCUAGUUUCGGCGUUCUGUAUGCGGUUCUUGUUUGGAUUUGAUCUAAUUGAGUAUGGAGAAGGGUCUUUGUGUUGGCGAUGUGGCGAUGCUGGACGCGGAGCUGUUGCAGCUGCCGGAGCUGGCUCCAUUGGCUUUCAAAUCGAACCACGACUUUGCACAGAAGCUCUUUUAUCAAUGGCUCUCGCUCCCGGAAGCCAACCGGACGGUUACAUCACUGCUUAGUGAUGCCAAGGCAGGUGUUCCCCUGAAUGUGCACGGAAAUCCCUCUACUGCUAAUGCUGCCGCCAGCAAUUCAUUACCUUCAAUGUUUCCAGCUGGUAGCGCUCCUCCACUUUCUCCUAGAAGUUCUUCCGGUUCCCCCCGCAUCAUGAAACAGAGGGCCGGUCCUUCUAACUUAGGUUCUCCUCUGAAAGUAGUCAGCAAGCCAGCAAAAGAGUUGAUACCUCAGUUUUACUUCAAAAAUGGCCGUCCACCACCAAAAGAGCUAAAAGAACAAAGCUUGUUACGUAUCAAUCACUUUUUCUAUGGCCGCUCAGAUGGACUACAGAUACAUGAAUUCAAAUCUGUCACUAAGGAAAUAUGCAAGCUGCCAUCAUUCUUCUCACCAUGUCUUUUCGGAAGAGUUGAUGUUAAUGGGACUGGUUUUGUAACAAGGGAUGCUUUUAUUGAUUAUUGGAUCAAUGGCAACAUGUUGAACAUGGACACAGCAACCCAAACGUAUGCAAUUCUGAAACAACCGGAUCUCAAAUACCUCACUCAGGACGACUUCAAACCUGUGCUUCGGGAACUAUUGGCAACUCAUCCAGGAUUAGAGUUCUUACAAAGUACACCUGAGUUCCAGGAAAGAUAUGCUGAAACUGUAAUAUGCAGAAUAUUUUACUACAUAAAUAGGUCUGGAAAUGGUCAUCUUACAUUGAGGGAGCUGAAACGUGGAAAUCUAAUUGACGCAAUGCAACAUGCAGAUGAGGAGGAGGACAUCAAUAAAGUUUUGAGGUACUUCUCUUAUGAACAUUUCUACGUUAUAUACUGCAAGUUUUGGGAGCUGGAUAUAGAUCAUGAUUUCUUGAUCGAAAAAGAGAACCUUAUCAGAUAUGGCAAUCAUUCACUAACCUACCGAAUUGUUGAUAGAAUAUUCUCUCAGGUUCCAAGGAAGUUUACGAGCAAGGUUGAGGGAAAGAUGGGCUAUGAAGAUUUUGUGCAUUUUAUACUGUCAGAGGAGGAUAAGUCAUCCGAGCCGAGUCUUGAGUAUUGGUUCAAGUGCAUAGAUUUGGAUGGGAAUGGAAUUGUGACACGGAACGAAAUGCAAUUCUUUUAUGAGGAGCAAUUGCAUCGAAUGGAAUGCAUGGCGCAAGAGCCUGUGCUCUUUGAGGAUAUUUUGUGCCAGAUUAUUGACAUGAUAGGACCAGAGGAUGAGAGCUAUAUCACACUUCGGGACCUUAAAGGCUGUAAACUUUCAGGAAGUGUUUUCAAUAUACUCUUCAACCUCAACAAGUUUAUGGCCUUUGAGAACCGUGAUCCAUUCCUUAUUCGGCAGGAACGUGAAAAUCCAACAUUGACAGAGUGGGACCGCUUUGCUCAUAGAGAAUAUAUUAGACUCUCAAUGGAAGAGGAUGUUGAGGAUGCGUCUAAUGGAAGUGCUGAAGUUUGGGACGAAUCGCUUGAGGCUCCAUUUUGAGUUCUUUUUGUUGUUAAGGAGCAGAUUCUUCUUUCUUGCUGGCUGCCGGACAGAAGCGAUCAACCAAACAAUGAAUGGGCAACACGGACGUCUCUUGAAUCAAAGAAAGUACAAGUGCGGCCAUGUGGAAUAUUUUUUUGUGUACCAGCUGCAAAGAAAUACAUGCAACUGUGUGCAAAAUUGGACAAUCAAUCAAUCAGUACAUCUUGAUUCUUGCGGAAGAGGCUGUUUUGCUGAGAGGGGAUGGAUUGAGUUCAGAUUAAUCGGCUGUUGGGGGUUAAAGUAGUUCAGAAAAACUCAGUAUUAUUUUUGUUUUUGACAACUUAUUAGAUUUAGUAAAUCUUGAGCUUUCUUCCCCCUUUAAUUUAGACCUUUGUUCUUUGAAUGCUGUCUGUAAGUUUCAGUCGUUGGGACGGUGUCAUUAUAAUCUUUAAAUUAUUUGUUUUUCCCUUUGGAAUGGUA